GGGGUAAACGGAAGACAUCAGAAAGAGCACAUCGAAGGAGAAAGACGCUAAUAAGUCAGUCUUAUUAUUUGUUCUCCAGUUUGAAAUAUUUACGUCGUAUAAAAUACAUCUUUGAUUCUUUAUUUAAGGAUAAAGUGGUCUCGAUGCGCUAGAAGCACUGUGCCGCUUCUCGUGCUAUCUUUGCUUGUUAGUUAGCUUAGCUGGCUAGUUAGCUUAGCUUGUUAGCUGCUAACAGAAGACACAGAAGUUAUCAACACAUCGCUAAGUAGAGAUCAAGUGUGAGAGUAAAGUGUUGUGAUUGUGUGAAAAUGUCUACAUUACAAAUGUUGAGAGCGUUGGUGGAUCAGCGACUAACUGCUGCCGUUGAAGAAAUAUUUGUAGUGUUAGAAAGAACGAUAGCAGAACACGAGGCGGAACUUUCUAGAACAAAAGAGGAUUACAAUCAACUACUGGACGCUGUUUUCAAGAAACAUCAAGUUGUGUUACACAGAACAGAUGUCGAAGAACAUCUUUUUCGUGAGCAGGAAGAGGAACCACAGUCCCCCCACAUUAAAGAGGAAGUUGAGACGCCACGGACCCAUAAUGUUAAACUGACCCUUCACAUUAAAGGGCAAGCGGAGGACCCACUGAACUUACACAUCAAAAAGGAAGAGGAUGAUCCACUGACCCCUCACUUUAAGGAGCAAGAGAACCCACUGAACCCUCACAUUAAAGAGGAAGAGGAGGACCAAGAGGCGCCGCACAUUAGAGAGGAAGAGGAGGAAGAGGGCAUCAGUCAGCCUAAAUGGUUGGAGGAGUUCCCAGUGACUGGUGUCCCUGUGAAGAGUGAAGAUGAUGAGGUGAAAGGUGAAAGUGAGGAGAGGGGAGGGGGGGAGCCUCCAAGCAGCAGCUCAACACAACACAUGACAACAGAAGCUGAUGGAGACCACUGUGGAGGAUCACAAGCAGACAAGCUCUUAGCUCCACUAUCAGAUAGUGAGGACACAACGUCACACUCUCCUGACACUGAUGAUGAAGACUCUAAAGAUGAUAAGACAUGUCACACUGACAACACUCACUUCACUUGUUCUCACUGUCACAAAACCUUUAAAUACCAUAGUUCUCUGAAAUUACACAUAAGAUCACACACUGGAGAAAAACCUUUUUCUUGUUCACUCUGUAGUAAAGGUUUUACACAACGUCAAAAUGUGAAAGAACACAUGAGAACACACACUGGAGAAAAACCUUUUUCUUGCUCAGAAUGUGGUAAAGGUUUUGUUCUCAGUAAACAUUUGAAAGUACACAUGAGAACACACACCGGUGAAAAACCUUUUUCCUGUUCAAUCUGUGGUAAAGAUUUUACACAAAUUAAUAAUUUGAAAAGACACAAGAGAACACACACUGGAGAAAAACCUUUUUCCUGUUCGACCUGUGGUAAAGGUUGUACAAGCAGUACAGAUGUGAAAGGACACAUGAGAACACACACUGGUGAAAAACCUUUUUCUUGUUCAAUCUGUGGUAAAGGUUUUACACAAAGUCAGGAUGUGAAAAGACACAUGAGAACACACACUGGUGAAAAAACCUUUUCAUGUUCAACCUGUGGUAAAGGUUUUGCACAAAGUAAUAAUUUGAAAAGACACAAGAGAACACACACUGGAGAAAAACCUUUUUCCUGUUCGUCCUGUGGUAAAGGUUUUACAAGAAGUACAGAUGUGAAAGGACACAUGAGAACACACACUGGUGAAAAACCUUUUUCUUGUUCAAUCUGUGGUAAAGGUUUUACAACAUGUACAUAUGUGAAAGUACACAUGAGAACACACACUGGUGAAUAAUCACAUUCCUGUUGAAUCUGCAACAGAAGCUUUGGUGAACGUUCAAAGCUUGAAGCACACAUGAGAAGACACCCAGGAGAGAAAGUGUUGAGUUGUGGUGUGUGUGGUGAAAGAUUGUCUUCUAAGUAGCAGUGUAAGAAACACAAGUGUGCUGGUGAGAACAGCAGCAGCAAAUGAAACUGCAGGAUUUGAAAUAAACUGUCCAGACUUUCAUUUUGACUUUCUAACAACAUCAGCACAUAUAACAUGUGUGACAUUGUUGUUUGUCUAACAAUCUUUUUAAUAUGCUUCUACAUUUAUAGAUUAGAUAGUUGGAAAUAUAAAAGUAUUACUUAUUUGUACUUGUAAUUGUUGAUAAUCCCAUAGAUUAUCACCUUUAUAUGAUAUACAUAUGUACUGGUUCACAUCUGAAACAUCUUCUGGACCACUUCAGGAAGCAUAUUAUUAUUUACUUUAUACAUCAUUUGAACAGUUGUCUUUUAUACAAUUUUAAAAUGUGUGACUUUAUGAAUCAUUUGUUGGGUCUCUGUAAUCCAUUUUAUUAAUCAUCUUUACUACUCUCUUUUGUAAUAUGAUGAUUGUGUUGUGAUUUUUUUAUACUUUAACUUAA